AUGGUGGGAGAAUUGAAUGACAUUGAAAAUCCUGGAAAUGAGGAGAAGCAAACUAAAACAGCAAGCACCAAGCACAUGAAGGGAGAGACGAGUUCUUUAGGAGCAAUUUUGAUCYACCUCAUGGGCCCAAGAUUUUUGAUUUAUGUAAGCUGUGCCUUAUCGAUAUGGGGAGAUCGAAUGUGGCACUUUGCCAUGUCUGUGUUCCUGAUAGAAUUAUAUGGACAUAAUCUUCUUCUAACAGCAGUGUUUGGCUUAGUGGUGGCUGGAUCUGUACUAAUAUUUGGGGUCUUAAUUGGUAACUGGAUUGACAGGAAGCCAAGAAAUAAAGUUGCUCACGCCUCGCUCUUCAUUCAGAAUGCCUCUGUCACCGCCUGCUGUGUGCUCCUCAUGCUCCUGUUCUCUUACCGAAGGGAGAUGGAACAAAUCUGGCACGGCUGGUUCACUGUGGCCUGCUACACAGUGCUGAUCACCCUGGCAGCUGUGGCAAACCUGGCUGGCACAGCGCUGACCAUCACCAUUCAGAGGGACUGGAUCGUGAGCCUCACAGGUGGCAACGGAAGCCAGCUGGCUGGGAUGAAUGCAGCAGUCCGGCGGCUGGACCAGAUCAUCAAUAUAUUUGCUCCCCUGUCUGUGGGCCAGGUGAUGACAUGGGCAUCUCAUGUGAUCGGUUGUGGUUUCAUUCUUGGAUGGAACUUGGUUUCACUUCUUGUAGAGUUUCUAUUUCUGUCUAGGGUUUAUCAUCUAGUUCCCCAAUUGGCUGUAAAACCCCAGCAACAAACAGGGAAGCCCUUCCUAGAAAAGCGACAGGAGGCUGUGAAUGUUCAAGAGAGAUUUGGGCUCAGUCCAACUGAGGACCUGAGAGGUACAAGGGAUGUUCCUUCAAAUUGUCCCAGGCACUCACAGCCUGUCCCUCCUGUUCCAGUGGCUGGAGAGAGGUCUUCAGGCAGAGACACAGGUGAAAUGGACUCUUGGGAAACCACUGAUGGAUUUAUCAACAAGCCUGGAACUUCAAAAGAACCAAAAGAUUGCAAGUCUCACCUUGAAGAAGAACGGGUCACAACUAAAAGAUUUCUUCUUUGCCUUCGAAACACUCAGAGGCUGCUGCACACGUGCAGGGAGGGCUGGGAAACCUACUGCCGGCAGACCAUCUUCCUGCCUGGCCUGGGCCUGGCCUUCCUCUACAUGACCGUGCUGGGGUUUGACUGCAUCACCACAGGCUAUGCCUACACCCAAGGCAUCGGAGGGUCCCUGCUCAGCAUCCUCACAGCCCUUUCGGCUUUAUCUGGCCUGAUGGGUACAAUUCUCUUCACCUGGCUCCGGGGGCAUUAUGGCUUGGUCACCACGGGAGUCAUAUCCAGCUGGCUCCAUGUAGGUUGUCUAACGCUCUGCGUGUUUUCUGUCUUCGCUCCUGGAAGUCCCUUUGACACGGCUGUUUCCUCACUUCCAUUGAGCAAGAACUCUUCUUCAAGUCCCGAGUUACUAAAAGAUGACCAAGUGCACAUUUACCCUUUUGAAAGAAACCUGAACCAACCCAUCCUCCCGGACCGUUCUUCCAUUCAUUGGACCAACAGCACUGUUCUGUUCGACGGGCGGCAGGACCCUGAGCAGCCAGAGUCUUACGUCUCCAUUAUCUUGCUCUUCUCUGGCGUGAUCCUGGCCAGAAUUGGGCUCUGGUCCUUUGACCUCACUGUGACCCAGCUUCUCCAGGAGAACAUUCCGGAAGCAGAGCGAGGGGCUGUCAACGGUGUGCAGUGCUCCCUGAACUAUCUUAUGGACCUCAUCCACUUCAUCCUCGUCAUGCUGGCCCCGCGGCCACAGCAGUUUGGCAUGCUAGUCUUCAUUUCCAUGCUGUUUGUAACCACAGGCCAUGUGCUGUAUUUUUUUUAUGCAAGAAAGUGUAAGAUUGAAAAUUCCCAGGUGAAUGAGACAAUGAAGAAGGGCACUUGGACACCUUUAAGCUGAGAGGUAGGCAGUACUUCCCAGAGCAACUCUGGCCCCAUCUCCACUGAGUGUGUCCACUGACUUCCCUCAUGGCUACCAUGUCUGCCUGUGCCACUGCUUCACUCCAGAGCAACAGUGUCAUCACCUCUUGCCAACAGCACCAUCUGCUUACGUGUGUCUUGGCCCUGGUGGUACCAUCAGCGCAGGAAAGGGGGAUGACUCCAAGUCAGAGACCCCCGCCACCAGACAACUUGAAGAGGCUUGUUUUAAUUUUGCCAGAAUAGUAACUCAGUGUUUUAUUGUUCUUUGGGAUAUGAGUCAGAAUCUUCUGGUCAGUGUUAAAAUUAGAGAGGUGGAGAGUGGUCAGUAAUGUCUGGUUUAAUUUUUCAGUGUGAGUUUACUUUUUUUGUUCUUCUGCUAGUUGGUGACUGUUCUUUGGUUGAGCUGAGGACUGAAGCUUUUAUUGGAGAAACAGAUCAUGAGAAUAACCUGGGUGUGGCUUAUGGACUCUGCAGCCGGACCACAGAUACAGUGGUCCUUUGGCGAGUAUGGACAAGCUUCGCCUCAUGAACACUCUUAAGAACAUGCUUGUUUGUGAUGAGCAAAUGGGGAGUUGCUGGUCACUUAUAAACAAUUAAC